AGGCUGCUAGGCCCUGGAGACAGUGAGGACUUGAACUACAGCACUCCUGUCGGACCCCUGGAUGUGGUUUUUCCCCCCGGUCCCACAGCUAAUGACUAAGGGGGGAACGGAAAGAUGGAAUCUAGAUUCUCCUAGGCCAAGGUUUUCCCCCCAACUAGUGUAUAUCCCAGAAAGCUUGGAAGAGCCAAGUGCUGGAGAGAUGGUGACAGCAGGUUGUCAGGUCAUCAGAGGAAGGUUAGCUAGAGGGGCAGCGUGCCCAGGCUUUGACCUAACAUUGUCUGUUAUUUCUGUACAGGUAGUUUGAGCUCCCUAUAAGAGGAAGGUGGACUCUACGGGGACAAACAGUUGGAUGCUGCAAUAGCAUGGCAGGGGAAGCUCACCACACACAAAGAGGAACUCUAUCCCAAGAACCCUUAUCUCCAGGACUUUCUGAGUGCAGAGGUGAGGGCCUCUGCCCUGAACUUUUUAACCCAGUGCUACAACCCGAGGGUCUCCAUAGGGGCAGGUAAAAGGGGAUUUUAAUCAUUUUAAAUGUCUUAGAAUGAUAUUUUUGGAAAAAGCACUUCUUUUCCUAAGGACUGCGACUCGGUGAACAGAAAGGAGGCUAUGUGGUGUGGCCAGCCAACUCAAGGAGGAUGAAGCAACCUUUGCCUCUAAACUGCCUGGAACUAAAUGUAGAUUUUUCUCACCCCCCCAGGGAGUGCUGAGUAGUGACGGUGUUUGGAGGGUCAAAUCCAUUCCCAAUGGCAAAGGUUCCCCACCACUCACCACUGCUACAACUCCAAAACCACUUAUCCCUACAGAGGCCAGCAUCAGGGUCUGGUCAAACUUCCUCAGAGUCCAUCUCCAUCCCCGGAGCAUCUGUAUGAUUCAGAAGUACAACCACGAUGGGGAAGCAGGUCAGCUGGAGGCUUUUGGCCAAGGGGAAAGUGUCCUAAAGGAACCCAAGUACCAGGAAGAGCUGGAGGACAGGCGGCACUUCUGCGUGGAGGAAUGUGACUACUUGCAGGUAGCGACGUGGAAACGUGCACUCCAGGGUGGAAGCUCUUCUCAUCCUGCUAACUAUCUUUCAUCACUCACCUCCGCCCAGGGCUUCCAGAUCCUGUGUGACCUGCAUGAUGGCUUCUCUGGGGUAGGCGCGAAGGCAGCAGAGCUGCUACAAGAUGAAUAUUCAGGGUGGGGAAUAAUAACGUGGGGCCUGCUACCUGGUCCCUACCAUCGUGGGGAGGCCCAGAGAAACAUCUAUCGUCUAUUAAACACAGCUUUUGGUCUCGUGCACCUGACUGCUCACAGCUCUCUCGUCUGCCCCUUGUCCUUGGGUGGGAGCCUGGGCCUGCGACCUGAGCCACCUGUCAACUUCCCUUACCUGCAUUAUGAUGCCACUCUGCCCUUCCACUGCAGUGCCAUCCUGGCUACAGCCCUGGACACAGUCACUGUUCCUUAUCGCCUUUGCUCCUCUCCAGUUUCCAUGGUUCAUCUGGCUGACAUGCUGAGCUUCUGUGGGAAAAAGGUGGUGACAGCAGGAGCAAUCAUCCCUUUCCCCUUGGCUCCAGGCCAGUCCCUUCCUGAUUCCCUGAUGCAGUUUGGAGGAGCCGCCCCAUGGACCCCACUGUCUGCAUGUGGGGAGCCUUCUGGAACACGUUGCUUUGCCCAGUCAGUGGUGCUGAGGGGUAUAGACAGAGCAUGCCACACGAGCCAGCUCACCCUGGGGACACCUCCACCCUCCGCCCUUCAUGCAUGUACCACUGGGGAAGAAGUCUUGGCUCAGUAUUUACAACAGCAGCAGCCUGGAGUCAUGAGUUCUUCCCAUCUGCUGCUGACUCCCUGCAGGGUGGCUCCUCCUUACCCCCACCUCUUCUCAAGCUGCAGUCCACCGGGUAUGGUUCUGGAUGGUUCCCCCAAGGGAGCAGUGGAGAGCGUCCCAGUGUUUGGGGCACUGUGUUCCUCUUCGUCCCUGCACCAGACCCUGGAAGCCUUGGCCAGAGACCUCACCAAACUCGACUUGCGGCGCUGGGCCAGCUUCAUGGAUGCUGGAGUGGAGCACGAUGAUGUAGCAGAGCUGCUGCAGGAGCUACAAAGUCUGGCCCAGUGCUACCAGGAUGGUGACAGCCUCGUGGACUAAAGUUCCCAGUGUGGGAGAAAGGAGCUAGUUUGCAAUAAAAACAGCUGGAUGCAGGA